UGUUGCGCAUGCGUAUUAUAUGGUUGACAGUACAAAAAUCAACGUCAACUUCAAAAAAAUUCUUUUUGAAAGAAACGCAGCUCCCAGUGGCAUCUCGCUACGUAAACCGUUACCCCAAAUUACGUGAAGAUGUCGGGAGGAUUAGAAGUCCUUCAACUCAAAGAGGAAGAUGUCACCAAAAUGUUGGCGGCCAGCACCCACUUGGGAACCCCCAAUGUGGACUUCCAAAUGGAGCAGUAUGUGUACAAGCGCAGAUCUGACGGAGUUCACAUCUUGAACUUGAGAAAGACUUGGGAGAAGCUUCUUUUGGCUGCCAGGGCUAUUGUUGCCAUUGAACAUCCUGCAGAGGUUUUCGUAAUCUCUUCAAGACCUUAUGGACAAAGGGCAGUCCUUAAGUUUGCAGCCCAUACUGGGGCAACACCCAUCGCCGGAAGAUUCACUCCUGGUGCCUUCACCAAUCAGAUCCAAGCGGCUUUCCGUGAACCCAGACUUUUGAUUGUAACUGAUCCAUUGUUCGAUCAUCAACCCAUCACUGAAGCCUCUUACGUCAAUAUUCCCGUUAUUGCUCUGUGCAACACCGACAGUCCGUUGAGGUUCGUCGAUAUUGCGAUCCCGUGCAACAACAAGGCUCCAAACAGUAUUGGGUUGAUCUGGUGGUUGUUGGCUCGAGAGGUCCUGCGCCUUCGAGGUUUAAUCCCAAGAGACACCAAAUGGGACGUGGUCGUAGACUUGUUCUUCUACAGAGAUCCGGAGGAGGCCGAGAAGGAGGAACAAGCGGCCAAAGAGCAGGUGGCCGCGAUCAAACCGGUUGAGGUGCCCCACGAGGCUCCGGACAUCGACUGGAGCGCCGGCGGUGCCGACGAGUGGGCCGAACCCGCUCCCGCCGCCCCAGCGGCCGUGGCCGGCGGUGCUCCCGCUGCCGCCGCCCAAUUCGCGCCGCCCCCGGCUACGGACGAUUGGGCCGCCGAAGUUGCCCAGGAACAAUGGAGCGCCCAACCACAGGCCGCCAGUGGCGCUCAACCGAACUGGGGAGGCCCCUCCAAUUGGGAUUAAAUUUUCUUUUUUAUGUUUUUUUUGACUUGAAUAAAGUGGAUUUUACGUAA